ACCCUAAUGUGCAGCUCCUUAAGCAGCAAGAAGAGAAAGGGUUUGUGUAAUCUGUGUGGUGCGUGAGGGAAGGAAGAUGGUGUCAGGUUCCGGAAUCUGUGCAAAGAGGGUGGUGGUCGACGCUCGCCACCACAUGUUGGGGCGGUUAGCGUCGAUCGUGGCGAAGGAGCUUCUCAACGGCCAGAAAGUGGUGGUCGUGAGGUGCGAAGAGAUUUGCAUCUCCGGAGGCCUCGUCAGGCAGAAGAUGAAGUACAUGAGAUUCCUCCGCAAACGCAUGAACACCAAACCCUCCCACGGUCCCAUCCACUUCCGCGCUCCAGCUAAGAUUUUCUGGCGCACUGUUCGUGGAAUGAUACCGCACAAGACCAAACGUGGGGAAGCUGCUCUUGCUCGUUUGAAGGUUUACGAGGGGAUCCCUCCUCCUUAUGACAAGACCAAGAGAAUGGUUGUUCCUGAUGCUCUCAAGGUCUUGAGGCUUCAGAAAGGACACAAGUACUGCGUGCUGGGUCGGUUGUCAUCUGAAGUUGGAUGGAGCUACUAUGACACCAUUAAGGAGCUGGAGAAAAAGAGAAAGGAGAAAGCAGAGUUGGUUUACGAGAGAAAGAAGCAGCUCAACAAAUUGAGGGUGAAGGCAGAGAAGAUUGCUGAGGAGAAGCUCGGUUCCCAACUUGAUAUUCUUGCUCCUGUCAAGUACUGAGUAGUCUUUGCUAGUGUUUUCUAAAUUUUGGGUGCCACAUAUAGCAAAUUGAACUUUCCUUUCAAAUUUUGUUAGUCUUUCAUAUAUGUUAUGGGAUAAUAGAUCGGAUAUCUGAUAAUCUUGGAAGCUGUCUGUUAUUUAUUCGUGUGGUUUUGCAGAAAUUUUGUCAUCUAAGAAGUUUUCGUUGCCUUCCCCGAUUACCCUUUGCUGUCUUUUAAUCGAGUCAUUUUAACGAAA